AUGAAGCCCAAGAUUGACGGCGGCCUCCGGUGGGCGAGGCUGUUGAAGUAUGUUUUUGUCGGCUUGUUAUUGUUGCUGGGAUUCGUUUGCCUGUAUAACGGGGCGUUGUUUUCCGGUCGAUUGCCGCGGGGUGAUGAUUUAUUCGAAGACGGAGUUGACCCGGUCCGUGGAAGGUUUUUGCUGAAGAAGGAUUCCGGCGAAAUCCUUCACCACGACGGCAACAAGCCCAUUCCUCGAGUCCCUAGAACCAUUCCAGUUUGUGAUUUGAGUUACUCGGAGUUGAUUCCAUGUUUGGAUAGGAAUUUGAUAUACCAAAUGAAACUGAAGGUUAAUUUGAGCUUAAUGGAGCAUUACGAAAGGCAUUGCCCGCCCCCCGAGCGUCGUUAUAAUUGCCUCAUCCCUCCUCCUAUUGGCUACAAGAUCCCAAUUAGAUGGCCCACGAGCAGGGACCAAGUCUGGAAGGCCAACAUACCCCACACCCAUCUCGCGCAAGAAAAAUCGGACCAGAAUUGGAUGUUUGUUGAUGGUGAAAGGAUAAAGUUCCCAGGUGGCGGGACCCAUUUUCACGAUGGAGCCGAUAAAUACAUUGCUGCCAUAGCAGGGAUGCUAAAGUUUCCGGGCGAAAGACUCAACAACAACGGUCGCAUCCGGAAUGUUCUUGACGUGGGCUGUGGGGUCGCUAGCUUCGGGGCUUACUUACUCCCACUCGACAUUAUUGCUAUGUCACUCGCGCCAAACGAUGUUCAUGAAAACCAAAUACAAUUUGCUCUCGAGAGAGGGAUUCCAGCCACUUUAGGCGUAUUGGGCACCAAGAGACUGCCUUAUCCAAGCCGAUCCUUCGAGCUCGCUCAUUGUUCACGAUGCAGGAUUGACUGGCUUCAGAGGGAUGGGAUUCUUCUUUUGGAGCUCGACCGGCUUUUAAGGCCAGGCGGAUAUUUUGUUUACUCUUCACCAGAAGCUUAUGCGCAUGACCCCGAGAAUCAGAGGAUAUGGAGCUCGAUGAAUGACCUUCUCAAGAGAAUGUGCUGGAGGGUUGUAGCGAGGCGGGACCAAACUGUUGUGUGGGCCAAGCCGUUGAGCAAUAGUUGUUAUAGGAGAAGAAGUGUUGGGGCCCUGCCGGUUUUGUGCGGUUCGGAUGAUGAUCCAGAUGUAACGUGGAAUGUGCUCAUGAAGGUUUGCAUCACACCGUACUCAAAGAAAAUGCAUCAGGAAAAGGGAAGUGGACUAGAACCAUGGCCAAGGAGGCUUAUGGCUGUUUCUCCACGUUUGGAAGAAAUCGGUAUAAGUGCUGAUGAAUUUCAUAACGAUACUGAUGCAUGGCGUACCAGAGUGGCUGGGUAUUGGAAACAGAUGAAAUCCGUUAUACAGAGUAACUCUUUCAGAAAUAUCAUGGACAUGAACUCGAACCUCGGAGGAUUUGCUGCUGCUCUGAAAGACUCGGAUGUUUGGGUGAUGAAUGUUGCUCCGGUUAAUUCAUCUGCAAAAUUGAAAAUCGUAUAUGACCGUGGAUUGAUUGGAACGGUUCAUGAUUGGUGUGAAUCAUUUUCGACUUACCCACGAACCUAUGAUUUGCUCCAUGCAUGGUCAGUCUUUUCACAGAUUGAGGCACGAAGCUGCAGCACAGAGGAUCUAUUAAUCGAGAUGGACCGGAUGCUAAGGCCCGAAGGAUUUGUGAUCAUAAGAGAUAAACCUUACGUAAUAAAUCAUAUACGUAAAUUCUUGGGCUCUUUAAGGUGGGACAAAUGGUCUUUGGAGGUAAAACCCAGAGCCGAUGCUCUUACCACAAGUGAAGAAAGAGUUCUGAUCGUAAGAAAAAAAUUAUUGGACGAGAUUUCACAGCUGUAA